AUGGAAACCGUGAUCUUUGAAGAUUCACCCACUGCACACUAUCUUGAGGGCGAAGGAGAGAACAAUCAAGAAUGGGCUUCAACAACGACUACCAACGAGCCAAAACCACAAGCGGAGACGAUAUCUUUUGCUCCACUGGGUCGACCAACCCGGCAUCAGAAGUCGCGGAAAAAGCCCUCACGCAUACUCACUCUGGAGUCUCCUCUAGCGAAGGGCGCUGUGGCCCGUAUCCACAACACCUGCUCGACCGCUGUCCAUAGUCGCCUUGGUUGGACCGAGAAUGCACUCUUUCUGGAACAGUUCCGAUACGUCAUAGUUGCAUCUCAGCUGCUCAGUGAACACUCAAACCCCAAGACAUACAGACGCCAAACAUUCCCAGCGCCUUCUGAAGACGGUUCGCCGAAAUGGAGAAAAGAUGGAAGUUUCGUACCUAGCAGGCUAGGUCUUUCCCUGACCGGCGCAACCGCCUUCGCUCUUGCAUGGUCUGUACGUUGGUUACGGAGUAGAGCGAUUGUGCCAUAUGACCCAUCACAAAUAUGCCUGCUUGCGUCAGUUGCCGUCGCUAUCACUCUGACCUUGUACUACUACUUUCGACGGCAAUGCUUGCACUAUUUGCGUAUCCAAGCGAUUGAGAGCGCCUCUUCCCUGACAACUAAUGCACAAGAUUUCGAUGCUGCAGUUUCUGCAGGGAUCACGCUUAUACAAGAAGUAGAGCUCGUCUCUCGUGGUUACAAUAUAUGCAAUCCACUACCCCCUAUCACUCGACUCGAGGAAAGGAGCCAGAUUAAGCGAUGCGCACGCUUGCGGCGAACUAUACACAGAAUUCUAAUCUCAAUGUUUUCUCCUUACUACCAUGUGUACCAGAGUCUGAAGUCAUUUGCCGCUACACUCGACUUGGACAAAUAUUACGACAUUUACGAAAUCAGCCGGACGGAUUUGGAGGAUGCAGAGCUAGUUGCCAAUGUAAAGCUUGCCGAGAUUGAAGAUGCAGACACUCUUCAGGAUCUCAAGGUGGGCUUGCAGAAGCUUCAUAUUUUAAGGAAGCUCGUACUAUGUACUCUUUUAGCUUUGGACGCCGACGGUAGCAAGUCGGACUUUCGGAGGUGGUCAAUUGCAGUGGAGAUGAUGAGCAAUGUUACUUCACUUACCGUUAGAAUGAUAUCAAAUAUCGAUGAGGUGAUGGGAGAAGAGGAAGACUUCCCCACUCCCCCCACUCCGAAGAUACCGUUGACGCCCGGUAGAGAGCGCAUGCGAAGCCAAAUGCGACAAUUAGGCAACCUGUCUCAGGGGAUCCGUGGCCUCCAGGCGAAGAUGCGCCUCCUCCGGGACGAGUCUGACGAAGCACUGGAGCGUUCAGAUGAAGUCCCGGAAUCUAGCACAAAUCUGCUGGCACAAUAUGAUUCCAUUGGAGCUGAUCUGAAAGGUCUUAUCCAGGAAUGGGAGGAAGGAAAAGCGGCUUUAGCCACGAAUCUCGAGAAAAAGGAUCAUAAGAGAUCCUUAUCGUCCACUAGCAAUGCAUUCCCAGCCUCCCCCACAUCCAGCCUUUCCGGGGCCACUGCUGUCGGAGGAAGCCCCCAGGAUGCUCUACAGGCACUCAACGGAUUCUCGAAGCCUCCUCGAUCACGGUCCAGCACUAUGACGAGCAGCUCGAGUGAAGAAAUCUUCGAAGCCGUUGCCUUACCAAGGCAGAGGAGUACUUUGACAAGAGAAGAGAGGAUUGCCAAGACGAAGGAGGACCGCGUGAGGCAGACGAUUGUGAAGGAAAAAUUAAACGCUAAUACGCAUAUGCUCAAAGAGUUGGAAACGGUCAUCAAACUACGACCAAGGAGACGUACGACAGGACGACUUAGUAUCGUAUGA